ACCUACGUUUUUAGUUUAGUUUCCAAACAUUACACAAGUGAACAUGUCGGCGUUUAAUUGUAUUGGCAACGGAGUUGUCUUUUGUUUGUUGGUUUCAGCUGCAUCUCUUUCCCUGCUUCAAGUAGUAAAUGCUUAUGAACCUAAUUGGAAGUCUCUAGAUUCGAGGCCUCUCCCUGGUUGGUACGAUGAUGCAAAGUUGGGCAUCUUCGUUCACUGGGGAGUCUUCUCCGUUCCCAGUUAUUCGUCGGAGUGGUUCUGGUGGAACUGGAAAGGCCUCCCGACGCCUGCUGUUGUUGAGUUCAUGUUACAGAAUUAUCCUCCCGACUUUACAUAUGCAGACUUUGGGAAGCAGUUCACAGCUGAGUUUUUUGAAGGAGGAGAAUGGGCAAACAUGUUUCAGAAGUCAGGUGCAAAGUACGUGGUCUUUGUAAGCAAGCAUCAUGAAGGAUACACGAACUGGCCGUCAAAAUAUUCCUUCAACUGGAAUUCGAUGGCCCUAGGACCAAACAGGGACAUUGUUGGUGAGCUCAUGAAUGCUACACGAAGCAAAACUGACCUGAAAUUUGGCCUGUAUCAUUCAAUGUUUGAGUGGUUCCACCCUUUGUAUCUUGCAGACAAGAAAUCUGGAUUUAAAAGUCAAGAUUUCGUUAAUCAAAAAACAUUGCCCGAGCUGUAUGAGAUUGUGGAGACCUACAAGCCUGAGGUGGUCUGGUCAGAUGGGGACUGGGAAGCUCCGGAUGUGUACUGGAAGUCUAAGGAGUUCCUGGCUUGGCUCUACACCAAUAGCUCGGUGAAAGACACUGUUGUGGUGAAUGACCGCUGGGGAUCCAACAUCAGUUGUCAUCAUGGCGGAGUCUACACUUGUGGGGACCGUUUUAACCCAGGUGUUCUGCAGAAACAUAAGUGGGAGAAUGCAAUGACCAUUGACAAGUACUCAUGGGGGUUCCGACGUAAUGCACGUCUCUCUGAUUACCUCACUAUUGAAGGACUGCUACAGACAUUUGUCAUUACUAUCAGCUGCGGAGGCAACAUGCUGAUGAAUGUGGGACCUCCCAAACAUGGCCAUAUUGUUCCAAUAUAUGAGGAGCGACUAUCUCAGAUGGGGUCCUGGCUGAAGGUCAACGGCGAGGGUGUCUAUGGUUCUCGGCCUUGGACUUCCCAGAACGAGACUGUGACUGAAGGUGUAUGGUACACCAAAAAAACAGAUGCCAGUGGUACUUCUGUGUAUGCGUUUGUUUUCAACUGGCCCGACACGGAUACUCUCAGACUUGACCUGCCUCAAGUGUCAUCAGCGACCAAGGUGUCUCUGCUGGGAUACCCGACGUUGCUGAGUUAUCAGACUCGAUCUCCCAAAGGGCUGAGCAUCUCAAUUCCAUUCAUCUCUAUAAACAAAAUGCCUUGUCAAUGGCUCUGGGUCUUCAAGAUCACUGCUGUGGAAAACUAAAACUUGAGAGAAGUGCAAUGAGUAAUUAUGUUAUUGUGUCAAGCUGUUUCUUUUUUACACAAACUUGAAAGUAAUUUAACUUAGUAUUGUUAACUUAUUGACAUUAAUUAUGUCACUCAUGGCUUUCUUAGAUUGUGUUCUACACAAAUAAGAAGUAGGUUAUGUUAAGAAACAGUAUGAGAUUUUUAGUAGUUGUAAAGCGCAUAAUAAUAAAUAAUAAUAAUAGCAUUUGUAUAGCGCAUACCCCCGUUUGACAGCAAGCUCUAUGUGCUUUGCACUAUUUUAUUUCUCCAGCAGACGCUAUAACACUCAGAAGCGUUUUGGGCUUCCUGUGAAGCAUACAGUGCAAGCAACCGAUUAAAUGCUCUAACACUAACAAACUGACGAGAUCUUUUGCUGUCUAUAGCUUGGUACCCAUUCUCACCUGAGUGAAGUGAGGAAAAUUAGUGUAAAGAGCCUAUCCUAGGGCACAACGUCAGGUACCUGACGGGAUUCGAACCCUUGACCUUACAGCUACGAGUCCGAGAGCCUAACCACUAGACCACUGACGCCACAAAGAGCACGCUGUAAAGUGUGGAUAUGCGCUAUAUAAAUGCAAUUAUUAUUAUUUAUUAUUAUUAUCUCCCAGGUCCUGUUCUAAAAUGAAGUUGAACUUUGGUUUCUCUUGUUUUACUUGGAAUUAUUUCAGUUGCACUAGGUCUCCAUAUGAAAGUGAUUUGUUCAAAUGUAGAGUGAAAGCAGGCUGACAGCUUGAAUAUGCUUUUUGAUUAGAUGUGAUGGUUAAAUUUGGUGUAAAUAUAGUUACACUUUUAUUAAAGAGUUAAAUUGUGUUGGUGAUUGAUACUGGUGUCUGUGUGUAGCGGUUAAGCUAAAUGAAUGUGUUGUUACUCCCCUGUUGACACAAUUUAGAUGAUUAUUGCCUGUGAGGGGCAACCCAGGCUGAGAGGGAUACAAUACCCAGCAGAAAGAUUGAGGCACUGGAAAAAAAUUCUCCCCCACUCAGGAAUUGAACUCAGUUCUCCUGGGAGAGACAGCGAAGUUCCUCCCUAUGGUGUCACCACAGACACUGGUAGUUUUUUCAUCAUCAUCAGUGCUAAAAAUGUGCGUUCAAUUUCCAAGUUGGGAAGAUUUUUAUCAGGUGUCUCUUCUCUGUCUUUCUGCUGGGAUGUAUGAAUAUUUACAAUUGAUGCAGCAUCACAGUUCUCCUGUGACUUGAAAAGUUAAAUACCACCAAAGUUGAAAUUUUAAUAUUUUACAUCUGAAUUUGAUGUAAACAUGUUUUGCACCAUGGAUUUGAUGGGUUAUGAGGCAAAUUGUUUUGAGGAAAAAUAUUUUUAUGUUCUACACAUUGCAAGCAUUGAAGUAUUGAGCCAAAAAGUGUUGUUAUGACUUUGGAUAUUUUUAUAUAGAGUCUAUCACCCGCUUGUUGAAAUGGGCAGGGCACGAACAUCUUUUCGUUAUGUACGAAUUUUGCUGUAAUUAUAAUAAUAUGUAAAUUUCAGGCUAUAUCAAGGUGGACAAUUGGGCCAACAUUGUACUUGAGUUAUGGCCCUCACCCUUAUGGCAGACACCAUGUCUUGCAUUUGAUUUUGAACAGUAUUGUCCAAAAUAUCUAUGUGGUUUUGUAAUUAAGAAAAAAAAUUUGAUGGCUUUUCAAUAUAUCCUGAAAUGGACAUACAUUAUCUGAUUUAUGUAAAUCCAACAUUUAUGUUACACAUUCCUUUUAGAGUCAUUCAGACACUUACCUUUCAUUAAUUUGACUUUGACAGACAGUGGAGUCCACUUAUACUGAAAUCUGCUGGACAGCCAGAUUUUCUUUGGUUUAGCCGGGUUUUCGGUGCAGAGGUCAAUAAAAGGAAAAUAUCUUUUAUUUCAUUUUGGUUUUACACCCUUUUUGGAUUAGCUGUGUUCAGUUUAAGUGGACUCCACUGCAGCUUUGUAAACAUUUAUUCAGCUUGUUUUUGUGUAGGUGAUCUCAAAGUUGAUUGACUAGUACAUUCCUUGUGUUGUCAUUUACUUCAGAUGCUGGAAUACGAGGAUGUUUGUAAAAUGGAUGUUGUCUUUUGCAAACUUCAUCUUGUUUCCUCCUGAGCGCAAACCACCCUGUUUGUUAUGUCAUUCAAUAAUCUAAUAUGACAUCACUUGAAAUUCAAAUGAUUGGUUCGAGAGCAGUCAUGUUAUAGAUUCAUUACGUGUAUCAUGUUGGCAAAUGAAGUCAAUAUAUUAACCAUUAGACGGCAACUUCUAUUAUGGUGCAUUGUGAUUCAUCUUUGUACUUAUUAAAAAAUGAAAAAAAAAGAAAUUGAAGAAGCUGCCUAAUGUGCCAUAAAAAUGCUUUAUAAUUCUUUCCUUGGCAGAGGUAUACAUUGAAGCACAGGAUUGUGCAGUGACCCUCUGGAUUCCAUGGGUAUCUAUUUUUUAAGUCACAGACUCAUCAUUUCAUGAUAUACAACUUUUGUCCUUUUUACCUCCCUGAGGCAAAAGUGUGAAAUUGUCUUCUGGGCCAUUUUUGAAGCCGUAUUAUGAUCAUUUUGAAUUGUCAGAUGUCUAUGAAAAAAAUUGAGCUAACUACAUGCACCAGUAAUUUUAUACUGAAGAAAUUUGGUUUUUGUAGUCAAGUUAGUUUAUGUGUGAGCUGUCUCUGAAAAUAAUAUUUUUCGUAUUUCUCAAUGUACACAAAAAUAUACAAUUUUAAACUUUCAUCAUUUUCUUAAAUAUCAUCCUAUUGCAAUAAAUUUGGUAUGAAUGUGGAUUGAUUUUUCUCUUAAAUCCAAUAUGAAAAUUUAGUGUUGGGUACUUAAUACAGUCCGUGCCGGCUUUAAGCACGCCGGCUUAAAGCACGUUUCGGACUCAAGCACGCUAAACGGUUAUUACCGAAUUUUUGCUAUAUAAAUUAUACGCCUUUAAGCACAGUAACUACGGCUUCAGGCACGCUUCAUUACAAGACAGUCAAUACUUUUAUGAUGACCCAUCGAAGACGAACACAGUCUACACUGCAGCAGUGGAGUGUGUUAAGACAAACACAGAGAACGCAAGUGAUGGAGACACCCACUCACACGCGCGGAGAUGAAGGCAGAAACUAGAGAGAUGCACGUAUGUACAUAGGAUCUAGCCUACCGCAAAGUUACACACAGAC